UUUUAUUUUAAAGGUCACAGAUUUCUUUUUCACGUGCACACACCUAAGUGUAUUUGUGAGUCUGGAUUAUCACUUGUAUGCUGCGUUGUGUGAACUAAUUUAAUUACAUUAUCUGAAGAUCCUCUCGUUUUUUUGGGCUCAGGGACACACCCAGGAGAACUGUUGCAUAGUGAUGGACAGGUUGAACUCAGAACUGUACCUGCAGAACUGCUACAUAAUGAAAGAGAAUGAGAAGCUAAGGAAGAAAGCUCAGGUUCUUAAUCAAGAGAAUCAAGCACUGCUUUCGGAGCUGAAACAGAAGCUCUCCAAGGGUAAUGCCAAAGGCAAUUCUCCAAACACAAUUGUUGACCUGAACCUCGGUUCGGGGUCUGACCAGAAUGCUUCCAGCUCUAGCCACUAAUCUGAUUGGAGAAAGAAGUAACGUGACCUCUUACUAGGUCUCUUUUGCUGUUUUGGGGUUAUAAAAAAACCAGAGUGGACAGUAUUAGUUGUAGUCUCUGUUCAUAGGAUAAUCCUAGAAUCCUCUGUAAGGUUACUGUUACUUCUCUUUUUCAUGUCUCGUUAUAUUUUCCUCCAACCAUGUCUGGUGUAUCUAGGUAUCUUCUAGUGCAAAGGAAUAUAAAGUUGUUAUUACAUGUUUUUAGCUCA